UUGAACCCCUUUUUUUUCACUAUCAACGACGCUUCUUCAUCUCUCUCUCUCUCUUUCUCGUUUAUACUGGGGUGGAGUGCCACAUCGAAGCUUUUUUCCCCGCUCUCUCUCUCCUCCCUUCGAAGGUCUCUUUCUCCCCCUUAAGAUUAUUCCCAGGAUUUUUGAGCUGAAGGUAAAAUUUUUGGGAUGGAAAAUGGGGUAGGAGUUGUUGAGAAAACUCCUGAAGCAGAGGUGAAGGUUGUUGAUAAUGGGUUAACGGAGUCGAAAGUUGAGGGGAGGGUUGGUGAUGGUGUUGCCGCUCAUGGGCAUAAGGAUUCUGAAGGGUCUGAGGUGUUUGAAGAGGCAGUUGAAGCUGUUUUAGAUGAUGGAAAUGAUGGGUUGAAACCGGAUAUAGAUGGUGUUGGUGUUAGUGCAUGUGUUAAUGGGGAAACCGAUGCUGAUUUUGCUGCAGCUGAGGGGAGUCCCAGAUUGUUAGAUGAUGUGGAGGUGACUGAAACUGCAGUAGAGGGCUCUAGUGAGAGGAGAGAUGACAGUGGUGAGAGUAUGGAGACGAGGGAAGAAUCAUCGGUGGUAAAUGGUCAUGAGGGCUCUGUGACCACUGGGAAUGAUGAUGGUGGUGUACAGAAUGAGGAAUUAGCAUCUGUUGAUGAGAGGGUCCUCAGCCAAGAUACUGGGCAUCCUGGUGUCAUCGUUGAUGCUGUGACAAAAGAGUCUCAAGGUGAAGGGUUGGAAGAUGCAGCUUUGAUUGUUAAGGAGAGUGAACCUGUAGAAGUUGACGAGGAAACUGUUGAGAAAGCUGUUGUCUUGGAGAUGUUGGAGAGCAGAGAUGUUGGGACAAUGGGUGAAGAUGAUGUGGGUGACAGUGUAGCUGAGGAUGUGAAAGAUGUUAUAAGCAAUGGUAAUAUUGAUCGUGUGAAUGAAACGGUGAGGGAACUGGAUGAUGCUUCAGCUGACAUUUCUUCUGAGAAUCAAACGGAGAAGCUUGAAGAAAUUAAAGAAACUUUAAGCGGAAAUCUAAAAAAUGAUGAUAGCAAAGCUGUUACGUCAAGCAUUAGUCCGGACCUUAAUGAGAGUGUUGGAGUUGUAACCAAGGAAGUUUUGGGUGAGACUAGUGCAGGGAUUCAUGAUGGUAGUAAGGAACCUGAAGGUGGAGCAUUGAAUUCGGAGUCACAGCACCCUGCUCCUUUGACAACUUUGAAAGAGAAAGUCAAAAGUGAGAAUGUUGUAUCUAAUUUGGGAACACAUGUUGAUGCCACUAAUCAGAUGCAGCCUCUUGAUUCAGUUGGUCGAGAAAGUCGUGCUUUGGCUGAGGAUGCUAUUGUAAAAAACAAGACCGAGGAGGAGAAACAAAUCAGUCAAGCAAGAAAAGAAACAACAGUUAAGCCUGCAGAAACAUCUUCUGCUGUAUCUGGAAAGCCUGCAAAUUCUGUUGUUCCCCCGGCACAUCCUGCUGGACUUGGACGUGCUGCCCCUCUAUUGGAACCUGCGCCAAGAGCAGUCCAUCAGCCUCGGGCAAAUGGACAAGUUUCUCAGGCACAAAAUCAUGUUGUUGACGACACCACCAACGGGGAGUUUGAGGAAGGUGAUGAGAUCCGGGAGAAACUUCAGAUGAUAAGAGUGAAGUUCCUGCGUCUCGCUUAUAGGCUUGGGCAAACUCCUCAUAAUGUUGUUGUCGCUCAAGUCUUGUACAGAUUAGGUUUAGCAGAACAGCUUAGAGCAAGAAACGGUGGGCGUGUUGGUGCCUUCAGCUUUGAUCGUGCCAGUGCCAUGGCAGAGCAGAUGGAGGCUGCUGGGCAAGAGCCCCUUGAUUUUACUUGUACAAUUAUGGUUCUUGGGAAGUCGGGAGUUGGCAAAAGUGCAACCAUCAAUUCCAUAUUUGAUGAGGUGAAGUUUGGCACUGAUGCUUUUCAGAUGGGUACAACGAAGGUUCAGGAUGUUGUUGGUACUGUGCAAGGGAUUAAGGUGCGAGUUAUUGAUACUCCUGGACUCCUAUCAUCGUGCUCUGAUCAGUAUAAGAACGAGAAGAUCCUUCACUCUGUGAAGCGUUUCAUCAAAAAGUCUCCGCCUGAUAUUGUGUUGUACCUUGAUAGGCUGGAUAUGCCAAGCAGGGACUUUGGCGACAUGCCGCUGUUAAGGACAAUAACUGAGAUAUUUGGACCUUCAAUUUGGUUCAAUGCAAUAGUUGUCUUAACUCAUGCUGCAUCAGCUCCUCCUGAUGGUCCCAAUGGCACUCCUUCAACUUAUGAUAUGUUUGUCACUCAACGUUCACAUGCCGUGCAGCAAGUUAUCCGCCAAGCUGCUGGGGAUAUGCGGCUUAUGAACCCUGUUGCAUUGGUUGAGAACCAUUCGGCUUGCCGAACGAAUAGGGCAGGUCAGAGAGUUUUGCCAAAUGGUCAGGUUUGGAAGCCUCAUUUGCUGUUGCUUUCAUUUGCCUCCAAGAUAUUGGCUGAAGCAAACAUACUUUUAAAGCUGCAAGAUACCCCAGCAGGGAAAACGGUCACCACUCGUGCACGACCGCCCCCUUUGCCUUUCCUCCUCUCCUCACUUCUGCAAUCUAGGCCUCAAUUGAAACUGCCUGAGGAACAGUUUGGUGAUGAUGAUGCUAUGGAUGAUGAUUUGUAUGAUUCAUCCGAGUCUGAUGAAGAGUCGGAAUAUGACGAGCUGCCUCCAUUUAAGCCUUUGACCAAGGCCCAGCUGGCUAAAUUGCCUAAAGCUCAGAAGAAAGCUUACUAUGAUGAGCUAGAAUAUAGAGAGAAGCUACUUAUGAAGAAACAGUUGAAGGAAGACAGAAGACGGCGGAAGAUGAUGAAGAAAAUGGCAGCCUCAGCCAAGGACAUGCCUACUAGCGAGUACACUGAAAAUGUUGAAGAAGAAUCUGGUGCUGCUGCAUCACUACCUGUACCAAUGCCAGAUCUGGCAUUACCUGCUUCCUUCGACUCUGAUAAUCCUACUCACAGAUACCGUUAUCUCGAUACAUCCAAUCAGUGGCUUGUGAGGCCAGUUCUUGAUAAUCAUGGUUGGGAUCAUGAUGUUGGCUAUGAAGGUAUAAAUGUAGAACGUAUGUUUGUAGUCAAAGACAAGAUUCCCAUGUCUGUCUCUGGUCAGGUCUCAAAAGAUAAGAAAGAAGCCAACCUUCAGAUGGAAGUUGCUAGCUCAAUAAAGCAUGGGGAAGGAAAAGCUACGACUUUAGGGUUUGACAUGCAGAGUGUUGGGAAAGAGUUGUCCUACACAUUACGCAGUGAGACGAGAUUCAGCAACUACGUUCGGAAUAAAGCAACAGCAGGUUUCUCUGCUACUCUAAUGGGUGAUGUAUUGUCAGCUGGAGUGAAGCUUGAAGACAAGUUGAUCAUUAACAAGCAAUCGAGGGUGGUAAUAAGUGGUGGUGCUAUGACAGGUCGUGGAGAUGUUGCUUAUGGUGGAAGUUUGGAGGCCACUUUCAGGGACAAAGAGUAUCCGGUGGGCCGUUUCCUUUCUACUUUAGGACUAUCCGUAAUGGAUUGGCACGGGGAGCUGGCUCUUGGGUGCAAUAUUCAGUCUCAGAUCCCAAUUGGACGGUCUACAAAUCUGAUUGCUAGGGCAAAUUUGAACAACCGUGGAUCAGGGCAAGUCAGUCUUCGUUUGAACAGCGCCGAACAACUCCAGUUGGCUCUUAUAGGAUUCCUUCCUCUGCUCAGAAAGCUUAUGAGCCAAUUUCAAGACCAUCCUGUUGGAUAUUGAUGAAAAAAUAAUUGAUACAUUCAGCACAAUAUUAGGAAGUAAGUUUUAAAUAGUCCUUAUCACUAGAAUUUAGCAGAGUGAGUAACCUUUCCUGAUCCUUUUUCAUCUUUUUUUUUUCAUAGCCAUUGUAAUUUUCUUGUUAGAUAUUUGCUUCACCUUUCUGCGUACCACAUUGGAAUCUCAAGUUCUUGAUCCAAGUAUUGCUUGUUAGAAUUUUUGGUUCGGUAUGAAAAUAGUUUAUGUACUCCCUUUGUGGAUUGGGCAGUUUGCUUGAACAUGACAUAUGACCUCUCCCCGCUUCCCGGCAUCAAUCUGUGAUUUGCUUCUGCUUUA